ACCUUCCUGUUGGCGCGUGCGCAGUGAUCCCGUGUCUGACAGUCGCUCUGGUGGUGGAUGAACCAUGGCAGCGCUGAGCACAGCAGCUUCCAGGCUUGUGGGGAGGAGAUUGCUGCGUGGCGGAGGGCUGAAAUGGCCUGCUGCAUCUCCUGCAGUAACACGCGCGUUCCAUUUCACAGUCUAUGGGAAGAAGGAUGCGUCGGCUAAAGUUUCAGAUUCGAUUUCAACACAGUAUCCUGUUAUAGACCAUGAGUUUGAUGCAGUUGUUGUUGGAGCAGGUGGUGCAGGGCUGCGGGCUGCAUUUGGAUUGUCUGAGGCAGGCUUCAACACUGCAUGCAUUACCAAGCUAUUCCCUACAAGAUCUCACACUGUCGCAGCCCAGGGUGGUAUUAAUGCUGCUCUUGGUAACAUGGAACCAGAUGACUGGAGAUGGCACUUCUAUGACACAGUGAAGGGUUCUGACUGGCUGGGUGACCAGGACGCCAUCCAUUACAUGACAGAGCAAGCACCAGCGUCAGUUAUUGAGCUGGAAAACUAUGGCAUGCCCUUCAGCAGAACGGAAAAAGGGACAAUUUAUCAGCGUGCAUUUGGAGGACAGUCUCUGAAAUAUGGAAAAGGAGGUCAGGCCCAUCGAUGUUGCUGUGUGGCAGACAGGACAGGGCAUUCAUUGCUACACACUUUGUAUGGGAGGUCUUUGAGAUAUGACACCAGCUACUUUGUAGAGUAUUUUGCCCUGGACCUUCUAAUGGAAAAUGGGGAGUGCCGCGGUGUGAUUGCUCUGUGCAUGGAAGAUGGAUCCAUUCAUAGGUUUAGAGCAAAGAACACUGUUAUUGCUACUGGUGGAUAUGGACGUACAUACUUCAGUUGUACUUCUGCUCACACAUGUACAGGUGAUGGAACAGCCAUGGUCACAAGAGCUGGUCUUCCUUGCCAAGACAUGGAAUUUGUACAGUUCCAUCCAACAGGUAUCUAUGGGGCAGGUUGCCUGAUUACAGAAGGCUGCCGUGGUGAGGGAGGAAUCCUUAUAAACAGUGAAGGUGAACGGUUUAUGGAAAGAUACGCCCCGGUAGCCAAAGACCUGGCUUCUCGUGAUGUUGUAUCCCGAUCUAUGACCAUAGAAUUACGUGAAGGAAGAGGAUGUGGGCCAGACAAAGACCAUGUGUACCUUCAGCUUCACCACCUUCCACCCCAGCAGUUGGCCUCCCGCCUUCCAGGGAUCUCUGAAACAGCUAUGAUCUUUGCAGGAGUUGAUGUCACUAAGGAGCCUAUUCCCGUCCUUCCAACAGUCCAUUAUAAUAUGGGCGGUGUCCCAACCAAUUACAAAGGCCAGGCUCUUAUCCACGUUGAUGGUGAAGACAGAGUGGUACCAGGUCUCUAUGCAUGUGGUGAAGCUGCAUCAGCCUCUGUGCAUGGUGCCAACAGACUUGGUGCCAACUCUCUCCUGGACUUGGUUGUCUUUGGUCGUGCUUGUGCGCUUAGCAUUGCAGAAUCAUGUAAACCUGGUGAGCCCAUACCAUCUAUUAAACCUAAUGCUGGAGAGGAAUCUGUUGCAAAUCUUGACAAAUUACGCUUUGCUAAUGGAAGUACAAGAACAUCAGAACUAAGAAUCAGUAUGCAGAAGACAAUGCAGACCCAUGCUGCUGUGUUCCGAACUGGACCGGUGUUAAAGGAAGGAUGUGAGAAACUAAGUGCCAUCAAUUCUACCAUGGAUGACCUGAAAACAUUUGACAGGGGUAUUGUUUGGAAUAGUGACUUGGUGGAAACACUUGAACUGCAGAACUUGAUGUUGUGUGCUCUUCAAACCAUUUAUGGUGCUGAGGCCAGAAAAGAAAGCCGUGGGGCUCAUGCAAGAGAAGACUAUAAGGUAAGGGUUGAUGAAUAUGAUUAUUCAAAACCACUCCAAGGUCAACAGAAUAAACCUACCGAAGAACACUGGAGGAAGCACACUUUAGCUUUUGUUGAUAAAAAGGGCAAGGUUACACUGCAGUACAGACCUGUCAUUGACUCAACGUUAAAUGAAGAAGACUGCUCAUCAGUCCCACCUGCAAUCCGUUCUUAUUAAUUCUCUGGCUUAACAUGUUAUGCAAUGGUUCUUUUGGAAACUUGUAAUUUUGCUUCUAGUAUUUCUUUGCACAUAAAGUUGGUGCUUGGUGACUUUUGAACAUCACUUCCACAAUACAAGAUUAGUAUUAAAGUCCAUUUGUUUCUCAUCCUUA